CGAGAGCCCGCCUGGCUGGGUGCUAGGUGCCCGAGGGGCGCAGGUCCGGUCCCUCUUGCGGCCGCUGCCGGGGCUUCCAACCGCAGAGCGUCCUCCCUGACGGGGAAACCGCACGGGACACAACCCAACGCAGCUCGUCACCUACUUACAAAUCGCUGUCGCUAGGAUUCCCGCCACUCCUCUCAGACCAGCCCCCCACCCCUUCCACUUUUCGGAGUCCCCCGCCCCCGUCACUGCCUCCCCGGAGCUGCGGGGCAGUCGGACGCGGAGCCGCAGAGCCGCGAGGACGCCCGGCUGGAGCUGCCCUUUUGCAGCCGAGCCGGCGCCCCCUGCCCUUCACCGUGGUGUUGGGCGGGCUCCCCUGCCGCCCUCGCUCCGCUCCUCCCGGCUCUCUUCCCCGCUCUCCUUCCGCAGGUCUCGGAGCUCCACCACCGCCGGGUGCGGCGGGGCAGGCGCGAUGCGGCAGCUGUGCCGGGGCCGCGUGCUGGGCAUCUCGGUGGCCAUCGCGCACGGGGUCUUCUCGGGCUCCCUCAACAUCCUGCUCAAGUUCCUCAUCAGCCGCUACCAGUUCACCUUCCUGACCCUGGUGCAGUGCCUGACCAGCUCCACCGCGGCGCUGAGCCUGGAGCUGCUGCGGCGCCUCGGGUUCAUCGCUGUGCCCCCGUUUGGCCUGAGCCUGGCUCGCUCCUUCGCGGGGGUCACCGUGCUCUCCACGCUGCAGUCCAGCCUCACGCUCUGGUCCCUGCGCGGCCUCAGCCUGCCUAUGUACGUGGUCUUCAAGCGCUGCCUGCCCCUGGUCACCAUGCUCAUCGGCGUCCUGGUGCUCAAGAACGGCGCGCCCUCGCCGGGGGUGCUCGCGGCCGUGCUCAUCACCACUUGCGGCGCGGCGCUGGCAGGAGCCGGCGACCUGACCGGCGACCCCAUCGGGUACGUGACGGGCGUGCUGGCGGUGCUGGUGCACGCCGCCUACCUGGUGCUCAUCCAGAAGGCGAGCGCCGACACGGAGCACGGGCCGCUCACCGCGCAGUACGUCAUCGCUGUCUCCGCCACCCCGCUGCUGGUCAUCUUCUCCUUCGCCAGCAGCGACUCUAUCCACGCCUGGACCUUCCCCGGCUGGAAGGACCCGGCCAUGGUGUGCAUCUUCGUGGCCUGCAUCCUGAUCGGCUGUGCCAUGAACUUCACUACGCUGCACUGCACCUACAUCAACUCAGCGGUGACCACCAGCUUCGUGGGGGUGGUGAAGAGCAUCGCCACCAUCACGGUGGGUAUGGUGGCCUUCAGCGAUGUGGAGCCCACCUCUCUAUUCAUUGCCGGAGUCGUGGUGAACACCCUGGGCUCCAUUAUUUACUGCAUGGCCAAAUUUUUGGAAACCAGAAAGCAAAGCAAUUACGAGGACUUGGAGACGCAGCCUGGGGGAGAGGAGGCGCAGCCAAGUGGAGACCAGCUGCCGUUCGGCUUGGAGGAGCUGCCCGCGGAGGGUGGAAGUGGCGGGUCGGAAGGUGGGACGGCAGCAGGUGGCUCCACUCAGCAGGGUGGGCAAGAGGCGAGGGGCGGCCCCAGAGGAGUCCCGCUGGUGGCCGGGAGCUCGCAGAUCUCACACAGUCCUGCAGAAGUGAGCAAGAGGUCAUUAAAGGAUACUUACCUGGAAGUGUGGAGGUUAGUUAGGGGAACCAAGUACAUGAAGAAGGAUUAUUUGAUAGAAAAUGAAGAGUUACCCAGUCCUUGAAAAGGAAAUGCAUAUAUGUAUAUAUGUACAUACACUUAUUUUCUAUGUUAGAGAUGACAUAUUUUAAUGAGGAGCCGCCCAAUAUUUUGCUUUGAGGAGUGGGGAAGGGAAGCAAAGAAAGAAGCUGAAACGCCUGACAGCAACAAAAUUAGCAACGGCGUGUGAAUAAUUUAGCGCGAGUUUAGCCGAGCAUCACAGAGACAAAAGAAUGUGAAGGUGACUAACAAAUUAAGGCAGGGUUUCCGGCUGCAGACUCCUGGCAAAUUUUUUUCAUUAUGACCAUAACCACGUAUCUGCAUGUACCAAGAGUCCUUCAACCACCCCCUACAAAGAUGGAGUGUAGAAAUGAUGGCAGCGCUUAGUAAACUCAAAGAUUACAUGCAGGGGCACCUUUUCGAUGAUAGUUAGAUCUAUAGUUUUUAUGGCCAGCUGGGAAGAGUAUAUUAUUGAAAUGACAUUUUUAAAUACACUGAUGUUUACUGUUUAUAGUCAUCUAAAAUAUGUUUCCUCUAAUAUUUCCUCACUUUUAAAAAAUAUAUAAGUGCUCUACUAUUCUAUUAUAUAUUGGUAGAAAAUGUUAAAGCUAUUUUGAAACUGAAUCCUUAGCUUUCAUCAUGAAGUUUAAAGUUGGCUUUUAGUAAUUAUAAAAACAAUUGGAGAGGUUGUUUUGGUUCAUUGCUUUAUAAUAUUUAUUACUGAAUGCCAUAACCUUUUUCAAAAACAGUUUGACUGUGUCCAGUAUUCUCUCAAGGAAAUGCAACGGCUGACGUAUAAUUCAGUAUUAACUGAAACCCAAACAGAAAUGAGACUGUUCUGUUAAGCUAGGCCUUUCAAGUUGCACUGCACAUCCAAACCGUGUUACAAAAAGAGCAACUGCUAUAUUCACUUUAUGAUAUUUUUCUAUCUUAAAUUUGUCAAAAU